UUGCCUUCUACCAUGAUGACCCCCUCCGAGUCGCUCAACCUGAACAGUCUGGCAUCCUCUCUGCCCUCACACUCUCUCAAUGCACACGCCGAGAAGGCCCUCCUAGACAACUUCAAAGCCGCUGCUCUGAGUAUAACGACACUCUAUCGCUCUUCACGCCAUGCAUCGAAGCGGGCAUACAAUGCUGGCUAUGCUGCCGCCUGCCGAGACCUAAUGGAAAUGCUUCAACUCGGGGUGUCUGAUUCCCAAGUACUCGUUGGAAAGAGUUCCGAGUCUGGGAUGACCGUCGGACGGGUUAUGGACUGGGUGGAAGCACGGUUGGAGGCUGUCAAAGCUCGGGAAGAAGAAGAAGAUGAAGAAGAUGGAGUUAACGCAACGGGUUCAUCAUCGAAUCAACCACCUCCUCCCAGCAAGCCCUCCUCUUCUUCUCCCCCUGUCAAUGCCACAACACCUGUGUCUCCUCCGCGCCCAUCGAUACCACUCAAACCGACCCGAAACACGAAACUGGUUUCGAGCCCGCCAACCAAUCUUUCCUCAGCUCCACCCUCACCUGAGACCAUGACGUUCCCUUUCGCAGAGAAUGUUCCACCAUUAGCACUUGCCGGCACCAAGCGUCGACACGCUAUGAUGAUGAUGCCCAAUGCUCCAACCAGCUCGACCAUCAUCACCUCAGCGCCGUCUUCAUCUUCCAAUUCACCAUUACCGAUCUCGCACUCGCAUUCCCAGUCUUACCGCCGUCGGACCCGAAGCACGCGCGGGCACGGUCUCUUCCCGCUGAAUCAACCGGUGAUAGAUACCUUGAUGGAUGUCGAAGAUGAAGGCGGUCGGGAGCGCAAGCGUAUUGCCAGGCGUUAA